GGAUAGCAGCCAGUUCGGGCGCUUCUACCUCAGCUAAUAUCACUGUGAUCGGUUCGCAGUGCGACGACGUUCUACUGUGAGCCAACAGCACUUCCUGAAAGCAGAGAAGAAAAAGAAAAGAAACAGGUCGACAGAGACGAGCGAAGCGUGUCGUUCCUUACUGAACGAUUUAAAUUCCACGACGAUCCGUGCCAUUUUUGCGUUUCUUGGGAAAAGCUAUGGAAUUAAAGGUGAGAACGUGGUCACCCACGGUUUCUGGUAAAGUUCCAGACAAUAUCGUGUCUUCGCAAUUCUCCUCGCAUAAAGUAUUUAUUCCCUCUUAUGAAAGAGAGAAACGUCCUUGCAUAGAACAGCUCUUGACUAAUGAAUAUCAACGCAUGUGGUGGCAGGAGAAACAAGCAUGGGAUAAAAGAUUUACAACGCCUACCAAAAAGGCAACUAUGAAAUUAUUGCAACAUAAAAUAAUUAAAAUGAAACCAACAAUAGCAACUAUAGAGAAAACAACACCUGUAGAGAAACCCACAUCUGUACUAAAAUCAAAAGCAAUAAAAAAGCUAAAGAAGAAGAAAGAAGCAACAGCUGUAAAAACAGGCGAAAAAGAAAAAAAUGCUCUUAAACAAGAAAAAGAAACUCAGCAAAAGGUUGAA